CACAUAUUGGUAUUUGCAGCAAAGGGACCAGACAGAAUCAGUCAAUAAUGCUAUAUGUAGGAACACAGGUGACCAAAGCUGUUAACAUAAACUAAAACUUUGGAUGUUAACAUUAUCAGGAAACACACCUGAAAAACAUUUUCCUUUUCACAGGAUUUAUAAAGGUAAUCAUUAACAUUCUAAAUGAACAUUUAGACUUAGUAACCGAAAAUAAUGAACAUGAUGAAAUGUAAAAGACAAAGCAAGUGUAUCCUGAUGUAUGUGCUUAUAAUAGGAAUAUUAUGGUCAGGAUCUGCAGUAUGGAAAAUUGCGAGAAACACUUUAACGACCAAUACGAAUUGCAAAAACAUUACAAAAGGUCUCCAGCAAAAGUUCACAGCAUCCAUAGCCAAAAUAGAAUCAAUAUUCCACAUAAACAGCCUGCAUCAACAAAACAAUAGAUCAUUAUCCCAAUCAAAUGAUUUCACCAUAUUGAUACUGGUUUGCUCAAAUCCAAAAAACACUCAUCUAAGGAAAGCAAUCAGGAAAACAUGGUUAUCUAUGAAGCAUCCAACUCCAAAUAUUACCAUUAAGUAUAGGUUUGUUAUAGGAAAUACUGAUGAUAACUCAAUUCAAGAAAAUAUAAAAACAGAGAUUGAUAAAUUCGAUGAUAUUGUACAUGGUGAUUUUGUGGAUUCAUAUCUAAAUCUAACAAUAAAGACGCUGUAUGCAAUGAAAUGGGCGAUUUUUAAUGAGCCAAAUGUUAAUUAUGUGUUAAAGGCUGAUGACGAUGCUUUUAUUAAUAUUUUCAAUAUCCCUAGAUUUUUGUAUGAAAAGCAACUGAAAAGGACAUGCCUGGGUUACAUGAUUACCAAUGUUCCUCCUGAUCGCAAUCCUGCCUCAAAAUGGUAUGUUCCAAAAUCAUCAUUUCCAAAUCCAAUUUACCCAGCAUUUACUGCAGGAUGGGCUUACGUUAUAUCCAUGGAUAUGCUACCAGAACUCUACAAAACAGCUAAGGCUACAAACUUUUUCUACCUAGAGGACAUUUUUCUGACAGGAAUCUGUAGAAGCAAAAUUAAAGGCAAAGUCAUGGGCAAUGCUAACUUUAAAGCAAGAUUAGAUUCGAGCAAUGAUGAUGAAGUGAAGACAUUUUUCGCUGUUCAUUUUACAACUGAAAAAAAUCAUUAUGAAUAUUGGAAAGCUCAAAAGAGAGUGGGUUCUCAUAACCUUGAUGGCAAUGAAAUCUGACAUUGUUUAUGGAUGGAAUCUCAAAACCUUGAUGGCAAUGAAAUCUGACAUUGUUUAUAUUAUUAUGGAUGGAAGUCACAGAAACAUGAUGUGAAGCACAUAAUUAACAUUAUUAUCGUAACCUAACAUUGGCUUUAAACUCAUACUUGCUGAUAAAUGAAAUACAUCAGUGAAGCUGGAUCAAAGUAUGAUCAAAGUAUGAGAUGAGGAGCAAUUGGAGAUUUGAUAAAGAAUACAAAAAGUGUUCCAAAUGAACACCAUGAUAAUGCAGAUUUUCUCAUCAUUAACCAUGAAUGACUAUUGUUAUGUUUUCUCUCAUUAAUGAGUGCAUAGAUAUUUGAUAUGUAUUAAAAAUAGGGAAGACAUGUGAAAGGUUAUUUUCCCUCUAAAUAAAAAUUUAUGAAGUUAUGUCCAAAUGCAGUACAAAAGUGUAUAAUUAUGGGGAAUAUAGUUUUAAAGAACUUGUAUCCAUAAACACCAUAUAACAUGUAUAAGCAUAUUCUCACAUUGGACGAUCAGUGUUCAUAUCAGAAUUAGCAAUGCAGAAUAAGCAACAUACAUGUAGAUGACAAACUUAAAACAAUGCCAAGCUUGGAUGUAUUAAUUAAUGUAUUGGUAGUGUCUAGAGGAUAACUCUUUUUUCAAAAACAAAAUCAAUUGAUUUGUCAAACAUCAACCCUUAUAAGCAGGGAUGCUUUUUCAAAUAAGCAUCUGCUUUGAGUGAAUAUGAAGAUAUCAAAUUCCAUUUCAUGAUCAAAAAUAUAAAACAAUUCUGUUCUAAUGAGAUUCAAUAUUUUGACCUCAUAAGGAAAAUCUUUCAUGUCUCCUCUUUUGAAGAGGGAACAACGAAUACGACAAUUAUAUUCCAAUGAGAUUUACUGAUGUUCCAGAGGACAUUGCUGCCUGAAAAAGCAUAUUUGCCAGAUUGAGUAUUGCAUGCAGUCUGGCAAUCUUGCCUGAUUUUGGUGACUGACAUAAUGUUAUGGUAUCAGAGUUUCACAUUCUGUUUGUCAAUGGUUUGAAACAAUCAACAGGUUUCCAUUAGUCAAUGGUUGGAAAUAGCCAAUGGUUGUUCAUUAGUUAAUGGUUGGAAAUAGUCAAUGGUUGUUCAUUAGUUAAUGAUUGGAAAUAGUCAAUGGUUGUUCAUUAGUUAAUGGUUGGAAUUAGUCAAUGGUUGUUCAUUAGUUAAUGGUUGGAAAUAGUCAAUGGUUGUCCAUUAGUUAAUGGUUGGAAAUAGUCAAUGGUUGUUCAUUAGUUAAUGGUUGAAAAUGGUCAAUGGUUGUCCAAUAGUCAAUGGUUGAAAAUAGUCAAUGGUUGUUCAUUAGUUAAUGGUUGAAAAUAGUCAAUGGUUGUCCAAUAGUCAAUGGUUGGAAAUAGUCAAGGGUUGUCCAUUAGUUAACAGUUCUUGCCAAAUCAGGCAUCUGAUCCUAAAAGCUGGUAUAAUAUUAUAAUGGAGUUAUGUUACUAACAAAGGGCCUAUCAGCCAUAUCAAAGUGCCCUAACUGUCCUUAAUUAACAAAAACUGGUAAUUAACAUGUAAAUAACGAUGUCAUAAAUGUAAAAAUGUAAAUAAACAUGAUUUUUAAAUUAUCUAACCUUGACCUCUAAUAUAAUUUUUCAUAUUUGAGCCAGGCCACGGGAAAAGGGGUCUUAUCACAUAUUUUUCAAUAUUUUGAUUUUUUUGUUUAUCUUAAAAACCACAAAGAGACCUUUCAAAUGAGCCAUGGCUUAUGCCCUAACAAUUUUUUCUUGCAGAUAUAGACCAAAAGACGGAUUUGAAUUUAGCACAUUUUCCUCUUGAUCUUGAGCACAUUUUGGCUCUGUAGCACAAUUUUAAUUUUGGUGAUAAGACCGGUUUUCCCAUGGCCAGUCUCAUUUAACAAAUU